UAUAAUGCUAUUCAGUUGUUGUUGUUUGUUUUUUGUUUGUUUGUUUUUUUCUUUUUCAUUUUUUGCAGUAUAUAUCUUUUGCCCUUAAUCUCUUUAUCCACCUCUCUCACUCUCCUCAGCUGAGGCUGUGGUGGAUGGUCUUCACCUGCUGUGGUCGUUCCCUCUGGCCGUUUCUUCUCUGGUGCAUGGCUUCAGAAACGGCGGAAUAAGAAUGGAAGUAGGGGGAAGAAUGCUGAGUGACUGUGAGAUGCAUGAAAGUGGUUACAAAGCCACCCUGAAAGACCAUACCAUGGAGAUCAGGAUUCCAAGUGAGGCAAAUGGAGCACAAAUAAAGAGUGAUGUCAUUAUGGGCCAGUAUGUUCAGUCUCUGUCAGUGGAGCUCUUUUAUAUGCAUCACUGGGAAGAUUUGAUCUGGCUUCACACUCAGCAUCGCAGCUUCCGACUCCUCUGUACACCAUAUGUGCCUCAAACACCAACCCUCAUCAAUGACACAGUUUCUUCAACCAGUAUGUUCUCCAUCACCCUGGGUGUGUUCCCAGCUGAUGUGUCACUCCAAAAUAUCACUGUGGGGAAUGAUACAAUGACCUGGACAAAGGCACAACACCAAGGACUUCAUUUGACCCAGCUUCUCUUCACCAAUGGCAGCCAUGCCUACACACUUCACGUCCCCUUUUCCCACCCACUGGUCACCCAAAAGGUUAUCAGUAAACAUUACAGGAGACACAUCCUGGCCUUGACCUUUGACUUCUUCAUCUUACCUGAAGAGGAGCAUUUCAGCUAUAGCACAGAUGUAGUGUCUGAUCUAAAAAUACCAGCUGUUUCCUCCAGGCUAGAGGGCAGAUGUACAGAGAGAGGGAUUGUGGUGCGCCUGCACUAUGGCUCAGAAGAUGUGCAGUGGGAGCUGUAUGUGGGGCAACGCAGGCUGGACUGGGAGCUUGUACGGCUUGGAGGUUACAGACUGAAGAGUGAAGAUGACCACUUGAGUGUGGAAUUGCCCCUGUAUAGCCCUGGCAUGACUUAUGAGGACUUCAGUUUGAAGGACCUGGUUGCUAAGGUGGAGGUCAGUGCUUUGGAUGUGUUGACGCUCAAGGUGGAGCACUCCCUGGUCCAGCGCUGCACAUUUCCAGUCAGAGAUUUGUUGGCAUGUCUGCCUGAGGGAAGGAUGGUCGUGGUCGCAGACACGACUCGCUCUAUCCCUCCAGUCAGACCCAAUAGCACCACUCUUCUGGACCCUUCCUGCACACCUGUGGCAACAGACAGCACCAGAGCCCUGUUCAACUUCAGCCUGGACUCUUGUGGCACCACCGUGACUGUGGAGGACAAUUUUCUGCUGUAUGAGAAUCAGAUAAGAUACAGGCAGAAGUUUCUACCAAAAGAAGACCCCUUUAUACACGUUGACUCACCGUACAGAUCCAACAAAGAAUCCAGUACCUGCACCAUGUGGUCUUGUGCUGCAACAAGCAAAUGA